AUGCACUCGCACAGCCUCUGCACCAUGCACCCAAAUCCCUCCACCGCACGCCACACGCACGUCAACAAGACUUCGGAUUCUCCACUCCUUUCCCAUCCCAUCUCCCGUGUCAACCGAACCCACUCCACGCACGGGAGGCCUGCCAAGCGGCACGAGACCAUAGCCCAGAGUCCAAAGCUGGGUAGCACCAUCGUCCCCUGCCCUACACCUCCCACACUGCUGGGCCUGGCUGGGUUGAAUAGACCUGUUCGAAGGUCCAUGCCACUUGCAAGUUUUCACAGACCCAAAUAUGCCUCCAUCUUGACGUCUCGCAGCGUUGGCAGUGACGCCGCCGUCUCGUUCCUUCUCGUCCCUCGCCCCGAGCACCUCCCUUCUGUGCGUUCUUGUUUUCUUUUAUCAACCCGACCCCCUCUCCCUGUCGUUUCGUCAGCCGGCGUCCUCGGACUUCCUCGGUGGGCGACAUUUCUCCUUGAUGGCAAACCCCUCCCAACUUGUCACCGCAUGGUUGAAUCGAUUCCGGGAGGAUCAUCACCGGUCAACCAGCCCCCUCCUCUCAUUCUGCUGGAACUCGACCUCAGCUUCAAAGUAACGCCCUCUACUCCAGACUCCCGUGAGGUGCGAUGGCCUUCCUCGGGUGUCGAGCCCACUCCCUUGGUCUCACAGCUGGAUUCCUUCGUUCGUAUCCGUUUCUGCUCAUCGAGAAACGAAACCGUAACGGACUCCCCUCUUUAUGUGCGCAAGCCACCCCCGCCUCCUCUUCUGUCAAGCAUCAUGCCUCUCCCAUUCCUCGCGCCGGCUCCCGCAACCCCUCCUCCUCCGUGCCGUGGCCGUGUUAGGAAGCCCGCCGCGGAGGAGCACGUUGUCAACCAUCAGCUAUCACAAGCGCCUCUCGAUACCAGGAAACCCCAUUCUAUCUUUCUUGCUUUUCCAUUCGUGACACUCCUGUGUUACCGCCUGUCUGAAAUGCAUCCCCCGCCUUUGCUCUUUCGCUCGACAUUCCGCACUCGGUUCCCAUCGCGAUUCCCAUGUCUUGAAAUCACUUCCCAAAAGGACGAGGAGGGACGAAAGCCCCGAUUCGUCAUCGAGACACUGGCCUGACGACAUUGACACUCAACCCGGGCAUCCUCCGUCACCUUCCCGUCCAACCACCACCGACGUGAGACCUUGAUAGAAUAGAUGAAAUAACAACCCGGCACCCCGGUGCCCCCCCUUUCCCAUCUACCUCAUGCAACAGCUCCAUGCAAGGAGAGGGUGUCAGGGUCCCGUACCGACAAUCAGGCACAGAAUCCAGAAUGACCUCCGUCCGACCCAGGUCUCCAUCGGAACGUAAAUCCACUCCGAACUCUCACUGGCCAUCCCAAGCCAUCCCCAUGAUUCCACCGCAGACGAAUGCGCAGUAAGACCGGGAAGCCCAUGGAAACAAACAUCCAACACAGCCCAGCCCGCCCCGGACGGCGGCACGUCACAACACAGUACCUUCGUACCCCGUCCAGCACAACUUGAUGAUGCCUUUUUCUCUCUCUCCUAUUUAUCCCGUCCGCCAAAAGAUGUCCCAAAGAUAUGAAGGCUUGACAAGUUUAGAUACCGUGAUGCCCCCCAC